UACACACCCGUCCGUAGUGAACACAAACAUGGCGGCAGGGAUAGAGCUCGCGCCUCUCCGGCGCUGGGAUGAUUUCUUCCCCGGAACAGAAAGAUUUGCGAAACCAGACAUGUCGGAUUUAAGUAAAUGGAAUAACCGGGUGAUCAGCAACCUGCUUUAUUAUCAGACUAAUUAUUUCGUUGUGCUGGUUGUUGUUUUCCUCCUUGUUGGGUUUAUGAACCCUCUCGGGAUGAUUCUGGGUGCUGUCGUUGUGUCGUUGGUGUUUAUGGGCUCGGUGUGGGCCGGAGAGAACAAGGUGAUGAUCAAGAACUUUAAGAAGAAGAACCCAUCUCUGUUCGUCAUCGCCGUUCUGGGGGCCAGUUAUUUCCUCCUGUACCUGUGUGGAGGCGUGAUGGUGUUCAUAUUCGGGAUCACUUUCCCGCUGCUUUUGAUCCUGAUCCACGCCUCGCUCCGUCUGCGCAGCGUGAAGAACAAGCUGGAGAAUAAGAUCGAAGGUGUGGGGCUGAAGAAGACUCCCAUGGGUGUGAUCUUGGACCUGCUGGAUCAGCAGGAGGAGAAAGUCAACAAGAUCCAGGAUUUCAUUGAGAGCAAGCUGAAGGACUGAGAGACGAGUCCGAUCCGUUCCGAUCUGCACUUCUCCGACUUUCUCCUCCCGAUCCGUAACUCAUCUAACGCUGCUAAUUCCAAAUAUUAGGGAAUAAAGCUCAAAUAAAGCUCCUCUCCCUCGUCCCGUCACGUGUUUCCAAUCAGGAACGUGUUUCAGCACUUCUGCUCCGAAACAAAAACAUUCAAACAUUGUUUUUUUUUUUUCCCAGAACAGAAAUUAUAAAAUUAAUUUUAAAUAUAAAAAAUUCCAAAGAUUAAAAAAACUUUUAAAAAUCCCACAAAAAUAAAUCACAACAUUUCAGAGUAGUUACUGUUUCCUUCAUAACAAGUUUAAAAUGUAAAAAUAUUGUUACACAUUUCCAUCAAAAAAUUAAAUAAAAAAAUUAUCGUUCCAAGUGGGAAAAAAGUCAAUUAAAAACAUCGACAAGAAAAAAUUGAAUACCAAAAAAUUCCACAUCAUUGUUACGAGCUGCAAAAGAAGAAUCCACUUUAGAAAGCAUCAUUUAAAAGACUUACAUUUUUGUCAAAAAGAAAAAUGUAUAGAGAAAUUAAAAAUGUUUUUUCUCGUUUAGUUUUUGCUGUUCGUCACUCUGACGUCUACGGUGUGUUUUGUCUUCCCCGUGUUUCCGAUUAUGAAUUCCGACUUUAUCAUUUUAUCGCCAACUUUAUUUUUUCCAUUCUAAAGUGCAGUAUGAGGUCACACCUGGCUGUCACGUCGCUCUCCUCUUCCUCUCUGUGCUUUAUCUCUUACACCUUUAGAAUUUUCCGUGUUCUUGGGAUUGGAUGGGAUGCUUUUGCACUGAGACUCAAAACCGGCUCUGAUUGGUCCAAGUCUGAUCAGGCAUUAUUAUGCAAAUGAGCGAAUUUGACUCAUUCUCGUUUUAUUCCGUUAGUGUAAAUAAAAUUAAGCACCUAAAACUCGUUA